UUUAAAUAGCACAUUCUUCUGGGUCUGAGCUUAUGAGAGAAAUAGGUUUGGUUUCAACAAUAUAUAUUAAAUAUUGAUUUCUUUUGGUGGUUCAUCUGAAAUCAUAUUAAUAUUAAUAUUGUAUAUGGUCGUUAAAGUUUUUGAAAUGGAUUGUUUAAAUUAUGGUGAGCAGCAGUUCAGAGAUAUGAUAGAUGAGUACACAGCGGCGCUUGAGCCUGAUAUAUAUGGAUUUACUGGUUCUUCCAUAGCUGAUUCUUCUCCUGAUUGUUUCACUUCUCCAUUGGAAGGAUUCAUUAAUCCCACUAUUCUUAAACAUCAAAUGAUUCAACAAUCAAAAGUAAACUCCUGUGACAGCAACAGCGCAGCCUCCUCAGAUGACAUGAGAAGCAAUAGCUGCAACAGCAAUGAAGGUCUCAAUCAGGCGGCCAUGAAUCCCUCUGAUGUGCAGGUCCCCGGACUGAACUGUUUCCCCAGGGUUCAGUCAGGCAUGGCUCACCGCCAGAUGUAUUAUUCCUCAGAAGAUGGCAGUGUGAGCAAUUAUAGCACUGCAGCUGCAAGCAUGGCGGCGAUGAGGGAGAUGAUAUUCAGGGUGGCAGCCAUGCAACCCAUUAGCAUAGAUCCCGAGAGUAUCAAGCGACCCAAGCGCAGGAAUGUCAGAAUAUCAAAGGAUCCACAGAGCAUUGCAGCACGCCAUAGGAGGGAGAAAAUCAGUGAAAGGAUCAGAAUUCUGCAGAGACUUGUUCCAGGUGGUACAAAAAUGGACACUGCGUCAAUGCUGGAUGAGGCAAUUCACUAUGUCAAGUUCUUGAAGCGCCAAGUCCAAGCCCUAGAAUCUGCAGCAGCAGCAAACUCAGGACCAGCAUUCAGGCAAUUCAAUCAUCUCAACUCUAACCCAUCUCUAAAUUUCUCUACUUUUUCAACAAAUUCUUCUUACUCCACUUCACCCAUCUUCACCGCUGCUGAUAGCUCCAAUUCUCAAUCAGUCUGUAAUAACGUUCUGAUGUGAAUUAAUCACAUUAAAAUGUGGUAGAAGUUGUGGUGGCAGACUCAAACUUCUCAAUCAGUCUGUGAUAACGUUCUAAUGUGAAUUAAUCACACCAAAAUGUAGUAAAAAUAAUGGUGGCAGACUUAAACCUAGAAGAUAUGGUGACAGACUCAAACCUAAAAGUCAUGGUGGCAACUUAACUGAAACUUCUGCUGCCCUGCAUAUUAGUGUAUAUACAUGGUAUUUUGUAUUAUGUGUUCUAUUAAUCUUAAGGUGCAUUGUAUUGAUUGGUUUAGUAUGUAGAAAUCUCAAGGGAUGCUUACUUUCCUCG